GUCCCUGCCGCCACAGCCCGCCGCCACCGGUCGCCCGCCUGCCCGGCUCCUCCUGCCGCCGCUGCGCUGCGCUGCGCUGCCUGAAACCAGGGCUCAGGAGGGGGCAGUGGAGGAGCCGCCCCCCGCGCCCGGCCCCGACCCGCCGCGUCCGGGCCCAAGCCAUGGGGCUCUGGCUACCAACGCCCCCGGCGCCACCGGGCUAGGGCGAUGCGGGCGCCCCCGGCGGGCGGCCCCUGCGGGCACCAUGAGCCCCCUGCUCCGCCGCCUGCUGCUCGCCGCGCUCCUGCAGCUGGCCCCCGCCCAGGCCUCUGUGUCCCAGCCUGAUGCCCCUGGCCACCAGAAGAAAGUAGUGUCAUGGAUAGAUGUGUAUACUCGUGCUACCUGCCAGCCCCGGGAGGUGGUGGUGCCCCUGACUGUGGAGCUCAUGGGCACCGUGGCCAAACAGCUGGUGCCCAGCUGUGUGACCGUGCAGCGCUGUGGUGGCUGCUGCCCUGACGAUGGCCUGGAGUGUGUGCCUACUGGGCAGCACCAAGUCCGGAUGCAGAUCCUCAUGAUCCGGUACCCAAGCAGUCAGCUGGGGGAGAUGUCCCUGGAAGAACACAGCCAGUGUGAAUGCAGACCUAAAAGAAAGGGCAGUGCUGUGAAGCCGGACAGGGCUGCCACUCCCCACCACCGUCCCCAGCCCCGCUCUGUUCCGGGCUGGGAUUCUGCCCCCGGAGCACCCUCCCCAGCUGACAUCACCCAUCCUACUCCAGCCCCAGGCCCCUCUGCCCACGCUGCACCCAGCGCCACCAGCGCCCUGACCACCGGACCUGCCGCUGCCGCUGCCGACGCCGCAGCUUCCUCCGUUGCCAAGGGCGGGGCUUAGAGCUCAACCCAGACACCUGCAGGUGCCGGAAGCUCCGAAGGUGACAUACGGCUUUUCAGACUCACCGGGGUGACUUGCCUCAAGAGGCCAUACCCUAAUGGGGGAACAGAGAGGAGCCUGGUGAAAAGGGCCAAGCCCCCAAGACCUCAGCCCAGGCAGACGCUGCUCCAGGACCUGCGCCUCUCAGAGGGCUCUCCUGCCAUCCCUCGUCUCCCUGAGGCUGUCAUCUAACUGGACAGAGUUGGAAGAGGAGACUGGGAGGCAGCAAGAGGGGUCAUAUACCAGCUCAGGGGAAAAUGGGGUACUGUCUCAGCUUCUAACCACCCUGGGCAAGUAAGCAUCUUACAACUGGCUCUUCCUCCUCUCACUAAGAAGACCCAAACCUCUGCCUAAAGGGAUUUGGGCUUCAGGCUUCGGUAUGAAAACUGUGACCCCCGACCCUGAUAAAAGAGAUGGAAAGCAGC